AUGGCAGCCAUAGGGCUUCACCUCAAAGCCUCGCUCACCGUAGCGAAGUUGUCGCAGCCGUCGCAUGCGACCGGAGCAGCGACACAAGCGGCAAGCCCGGCCGUCGUCCCCUGCCGUGCGACCCACCUACCGUCGCACAGACUAGCGGCGAUCUCCGUCUUUUCGCCACAACGAACAGCCGCCCUUCCUGCUCUCCGAUCCCGCGCCCAGCUGUCGAUCCGCGCUUCCGCCUCCGCUUCCGCGCAAGCCGCCGCGCAGCCCUCCGCGCCCCCACCCCCGGCGGCUCUUGUUAUCGCAGCAGUCGCAGCCGCUUCGGCGACAGCAGCGGCCGUCGCACGCGCAGUCCUCGAGCCGCUGCGACGGCUCUUCGCGCCGCUGUCCGCCGCCGAGCAGCUCCAAUCGGACACCCUCACGGGCCGCGCGACAUCUAUGAUCGCCUCCGGGAAACGGCUAGCGGCGUGCGCCGCGCCCCUGUUUUUCGCAGCGAUCAGCCAAUCAAACGCAAGCACCAGCACGCCGCUGACGGUGAUUGCGAGCGGCAUGGCGAAGUGGUUGGAGCUGUACAGUGGGCUGCUGCUGGUUCGCGUGCUGCUGUCGUGGUUCCCGAACAUCGACUGGGAGCGGCAGCCGAUGCAAGCCAUCCGCGAUAUGAGCGAUCCGUACUUGAACCUCUUCCGCAACAUUCUGCCUCCGUUCUUCGGAGCGCUGGAUCUGAGUCCCAUGCUCGCUUUCUUGGUGCUCGGCAUGCUCACGUCGCUCCUCAACACGGCAGUGUUUUCUUAG